AACCGUAUUCUGAUCAGACAGACUCCAGCCAGCGGGUUCAUAAAAAAAAUGAAAGCGUGAACGUUCGAAACGAAACUACAUGUCCCACACUCACAUGUGACGUCAUAUCUAUGCGUGUUGCUGCUGUAGUCGGAUUUCUGAAAAAUAACCAUGGUGAUGAAGACAACAGUUGAGGAUGAUGAUGCUAGCUGGGGGCUGGGCAUCCCAGAAAAGAUGAAGAACAAUGCCAAUUGGGUUGAUAUUACACAUGAAUUCAAAAGUGCAUGCAAAGAAUUAAACCUUGGAGAAUUGCUCCAUGAUAAACUGUUUGGCUUGUUUGAGGCCAUGUCCGCCAUAGAGAUGAUGGAUCCCAAGAUGGAUGCAGGAAUGAUUGGGAACCAGGUCAACAGGAAAGUUCUUAACUUUGAACAAGCUAUCAAGGAAAAUGCCAUCAAGGUGAAAGACAUGAGUCUUCCGGAACUAAUUGGAAUCAUAGACACAUGUUUCUGCUGUUUGAUAACAUGGUUAGAGGGACACUCACUGGCACAGACUGUGUUUACCUGCCUGUAUGUCCAUAAUCCCGACCUUAUUGAGGAGCCGGCACUCAGAGCCUUCACCUUGGGCAUCCUGAAGGUGUGCGACAUUGCUCGAGAAAAAGUCAACAAAGCUGCUGUGUUUGAGGAGGAGGAUUUUCAGGCUAUGACUUAUGGCUUCAAGAUGGCCAAUAAUGUGACUGACCUGCGAGUGACAGGUAUGCUGAAGGAUGUGGAGGAUGAGUUACAGAGGAAAGUUAAGAGUACACGCAGCCGACAGGGUGAGCAGCGACAUCCUGAUGUUGAGUUGGAGCAUCAGCAGUUUUUGGCACUUUUCAAUAGGAUCAAAUUCACACGCUUGCUGUUGACUGCAUUGAUCGCCUUCACCAAGAAAGAGACCAGCUCAGUAGGCGAGGCACAGAAACUUGUGGCUCAGGCAGCUGACCUCCUAUCAGCCAUCCAUUCCAGUAUUCAGCACGGCAUCCAGUCGCAAAAUGACACCACUAAAGGAGACCACCCCAUCAUGAUGGGCUUUGAGCCUCUUGUCAACCAGCGACUGCUGCCACCUACCUUUCCUCGUUAUGCCAAGAUCAUUAAGAGGGAGGACAUGGUGGCUUAUUUCAGCAAGCUCAUAGAACGGAUUAAGACCGUCUGCGAUGUCAUCAACACAACCAACCUGCACGGCAUCCUGGACUUCUUCUGCGAGUUCAGUGAGCAGUCUCCCUGUGUGCUAUCCAGGUCUCUGCUUCAGACAACGUUCCUGAUCGAUAAUAAAAAAGUGUUUGGAAUCCACCAGAUGCAGGAUAUGAUAAAAGAUGCUCUGAGAUACUUUGUCACCCCACCUGUCCUCUCUUACAAAUGCUGUCUGUUCAACAACCACCAGGCUAAGGACUACAUCGACUCUUUUGUUACACACUGCUACAGACCAUUCUGCAGUCUGAUACAGAUCCACGGACACAACCGAGCACGACAGAGAGACAAGCUUGGACACAUUCUUGAAGAGUUUGCUACACUUCAAGAUGAGGCAGAGAAAGUGGAUGCAGCCUUACAUAGUUUACUGAUGAAACUGGAGCCUCAGAGACAGCACCUGGCCUGUCUGGGCACCUGGAUACUUUACCAUAACCUGAGAAUUAUGAUCCAGUACCUAUUGAGUGGAUUUGAACUUGAGCUCUACAGCAUGCAUGAAUAUUACUACAUCUACUGGUACCUGUCAGAGUUUCUCUAUGCAUGGCUGAUAUCCACUCUGAGCAGAGCCGACUCCUCUCAGAUGGCAGAGGAGCGGAUUCUGGAGGAGCAGCUGAAAGGCCGCAGCAGCAAAAAGACCAAGAAGAAGAAGAAAGUUCGACCACUUAGCAAGGAGAUUACGAUGAGUCAAGCGUACCAGAACAUGUGUGCUGGCAUGUACAAGACCAUGGUGGCGCUGGAUAUGGACGGGAAGGUCCGUAAGCCUCAGUUUGAGCUAGAUAGUGAGCAGGUUCGCUAUGAGCACCGUUUCGCCCCCUUCAAUAGUGUGGUCACCCCCCCACCUGUGCACUACAUCCAGUUCAAGGAGAUGUCUGAUCUGAAGAAGUACAACCCACCACCAGGCUCUGCUGAUCUCUACCUGGCAGCUUCCAAACACUUCCAGCAGGCCAAGCUCAUCCUAGAGAACGUUCCCAGUCCUGAUCCUGAGGUGAACCGCAUCCUAAAGGUGGCCAAGCCAAAUAUUGUGGUUAUGAAGCUUCUGGCUGGAGGACACAAGAAGGAGACAAAGGUACUCCCAGAGUUUGACUUUUCUGCUCACAAAUAUUUCCCCGUUGUUAAGAUUAUCUGAUUGUCGUCUGACUGGGUGGGUGCAUCAGCCAUGAAGACUGGAUGAGGACUCUCUCAGUUCAUGUCUGUACUUUGUUACACCUAUGACAUCAUGUGUACUCCCUGAACCAGAUGUGAUGGAGGACAGCAGAGAGCUGCUCAACAGCUGGACAUAAAAUGAGGACAAUAAUAAUAAUAAUAUUAGAGAAUGUGUGUCUAUCUGUCUGACAGGCCAAAGUUUGUGACUUUUGAUCUGGCCUGAUGGGGAAGUUGUCCAUAAAUUGCACCAGAACAGUCUUUAGCUGUAAUCUUGUGAAGGCUUGAAAAUACAAAGUUUGCCAUCAAUUAAAAUUUGUAAAUACUUACUUGACUGAUAUAAGUACUGAAAUGAUGUCUGUGUGACAGACUGGUGUCAUCAUGUACCCUCUUCAGAAUUCAAUAAACAUAUUUUUGCUGUACAUGGACAUUUUAGUCCUCUCGUUCCACAGAAAGCC